UUCAUCGCGUUGUUACCGUUCGCUCGCAGGCGAGGCUCUACAGGUCACAACACCACCAGCAACAACAACAACAACAACAACAACAGCAACAGCAACAGUUUCCCCAUAGGGGCAGUGCGUGUGCAUUUGAUUGGCGUGAUCGAAAAAUACACCCACAAACCCAGAGAGGCGAACGAGUGAAGUGGGGCAGAAGAGCAGAGUGCGGCAGAAAACCGAAAAAGCAGACACACCAAAGAAUCCAGAACGUUUUGGUCGACACACCGGCACCGGCACCGGCACCAGCCGACGCCUAGAACACACCCAUACACAGAACAGCGCACAGCGUCUUAUUCUCACGAUCAAACCAGGCUCCGCGAUCAAGAUCGGUUGCUCCACUAAGUCACCGCGCGAGUGUAGAGCGCGUACGGGAAGCGUACGGGGUAAGAACAAGAGCUUGAGAGAGCGCGAGAGACCGGGCACGGAUCUUAUCACGGUGCGAUUGCGCUGCACACAUACCACCACUCCACGCAGAGUGAGCGCACACUGAGAGAGAGGCCCUAGGCUAAGGUGAUCGCCGACGGAUCGAGAACCGUUCUUUCCAACUCCGGCCAGCGAAGAGACAGCAAGCAGUCCGCAGCAGCAGCUCCACUUUAAGCUCGUUUGAUUUGGAAUCAUUUUUUUGCGUACAAACGAUUUCGUGUGCGUGUGUGUGUUUGUGUGUGUGGUUUGUGAAAGUGUUAAACUGUGCAUUACGUAGUGGUUGCGGUGUUUGUUAGUGCAUUUCUUCCUUCCAAAAGAAAAAAAAUCGAUCAACCACCGGCUUUUGCUUGGUAAAAUGUCGUCGAAAGUGCAACAAUCAGCAGAGAACGGGAACGGUGCCGCCAAUGGUGGCCAGCAGCAGCAGCAGCAGCAGCAGCAGCAUACCGGCACCGAGCCAGAAGCCAACACCGGGGGCACCAAUGUGCACGCAUUGUUGCCGCACCUUGAAUCGAUCGAUCGGAUGAUGGGACUGCCGGUAGUCGACGCCACCUGGCAGCAAACCCAGAUGGUGUACGGACGGGUCAAAGAUUCGAAUCGAUUGUUUACUUGGGCGCUCGGUACGGUGGAGGAUUUGGUGUGCCGGGCGGCGAACGCCUCGGCCCCACUGGUCCAGUUCGUUGACCGUCCGCUGCAGCUCGUCGACCAGACGCUGGUGCGCGGUAUCGACCGGCUCGAGCUGAACGCGCCGAUCCUGAAGGAACAACCGGCCGAAAUCUACCAGCAGGCCCGCACGCGCGUCCUCGAGACCGUGAAACCGCACAUCGAGCGGGUGUGCGACCUCCGGUCCGCCUCGCAGCAGCGUGCGGCCACACUGAAGGAGCUGUCCUGGCGGAAGGCGAACGAGGUACUGGCCACCCAGUACGGUUGUCUCGCCGUCGACGGCCUGGACGCGACGGCCACGGUAGCGGAGCGUCUGCUCGACUACUAUUUCCCCAAGACGGAAAAGGACGAAGAGUUCGAGGACGAUAAUGCACCGGUUGGCGCGAAGGAGGAUCCGGUACUACACACGGUCCAGACCGUCGGUCGGCUCUCGAACAAGGUGGCUCGCCGCGUCUACCGUACCGUGUCGCAGCGCGUCAAGUCGCUCGGUUUGCAGGACGUCCGGGACUACGUCGCCACGCUCGUUGCGGUCCUGCGCCUCACGCAGUACCUCAACUUCAUCAACGAGAAGCCCUCGUUAGUGGAGGAAGAUACUACCAGUGCGAACGGUCCUGCUGCUGCUGCUGCGACCUCCUCAUCCUCUCCCUCCUCUUCCUCCACCUCCACUUCUAACACGGAAACGCCCAAAACUACCACGAUCCCCGCCAACGACGACGUCUUCACCAUGAGCGUCACCACAGCCGUAGAGGAUAACACGUUGAAGAAGAGAAGAGUGCUGUAAUGAAGAGAGGAGAGGAGUUGGAAUUUUUUUUUUUUUGUUUUUUGUCAUAUGCUAGGGAUGGAAUGAUAAAUUGGCGCAGCAGCAGCAGCAGCAUCCGUAGAAGAUACCCAUCGCCAAUGGUGGUAUUUCGCCUAUGGCCUAAUUUUACACCGAGUGGCGCCAACCGUGCUGCGUGCUGCCUGUUUACUUUUAAGAAACUCGGGUGAUUUGCACCAAAGCGGUGUGACCACCGGUUGGUCCACGGGGAGGAGAAGGGAAGGGGAGGCAUGAGUUUUUGAGCAGGAGGAAGAAGAAAAAAGCAAUAUAUAUAUAUACAUAGGAAGCGGUGCAGCAGCUCGCCCUGUCGCCCGCUAGGCCUGUGUCCUGGCGGGAGAUUCGUGGGCACCCAGCAACGAGCUGCAGAACUAGAAGAUAAGUUUAUAGCGCAAAGUAAGAGUGUGUGUUUCAUUUCGGAAAUAAAAGAUAAGGUAAACCUGUGUAUGGGGCCACGAUUGUGAGUGGCCUCCGCAAGUA